AUGUUACCAGUCUCACGACCAGACGGUCAAAUGAGUUUCAACUACAUUCCAACCACGCAGCCCAUGUCGGGAACAUCGACAGGGCGAAGUUCUCCCAGUGAUCUGGCUGGGUCUGGGACGGGGAAAGCCCCGUUUGGCUCUUCGGGAUCUAUUGGUGCCUCAAGGCUGGGGGCUGGCUCUCCCUCUCACGAGUUGGGGACACGUCUCUACCCGAAAAGAGCCCGCGAGAUCCAAGCACAGGAAGGUGUCUCUCCCAGCAUUUGGGGCCCACCGACCAGUGGCCAUUCGACUCCGCUUCGCGAGAAUAUCCCCGAAUCUCCAAGUCAGGAUAGCUUUCCGGACCUGAUCCCCACUACCAGUGGCUCAAUCACCGGCUCGGGACGCCGAGCGCGCGCCGGCACCGUUCCGUCUCGUUUUCCUCCCAUGGGAACUCUCAAUGAGAUGGAUAUUCAGCAGCCAUUCGUGUCGCAGACCUCCCGCCCGACACCUUCCACCAGUCCCUUUAGACCCCCUGGAAUGGAACCGAGCGCCAAAGUUACGACUUCUGCAGCGGCGGCAACCCCGGCCAUGUUAUCCCGUCUUCGAGCUGGCUCGAUGCCGCAGAGGAGCAGCCUCCUGGGGACAGGCAGCCCUUUCGGCCCUUCCUUGUUUUCUACUAAUUGGUCAACUGGUCGCGAUAGAGCUACAACAUUGACGAGCAUCCGGUCUUCGGAAGGACCAACCUCACCCAGCCAGUCGUCCUUUUCAAGAGAUGGACUGACCGACUCCGAUGUGAAGACACUGGACUACCUGGGUUUGGCAGAGACCCCGCAGCAGGCCCGGGCGACUCUGGCAAGGCCCUCCAUGGAGGCUCUCAUGCAGCAGCAGCAGCAAGCCUCUGCGCUGCCGCCGCUCCUGGCUGAGCUGGCGAUGAUGAAGAAUAAUAAUCGAUUCCGUUCAUAUUCAGUCAAUGCGAAGGAGAAAUACGCAGAUGACGAGGACAUGGAAUACGAGAGUCGCUACUCACAAAUCCCCUCCGGCACGCUUACCCCUUCAGCGGCCGCAACUGCGGCUCAACUGGCCGCCACACAGGCCCAGAUACACCAGCACAACCUUGCGGUCCAAGCGUUUGCCAGCCAUGCCUCCGUCAGCCGGCCUCGAGCCCGGACAGCUGGUAUCUUGGAAGCACCUCCUCAGCGAUCUUCUAUUCGGAACUACCUUGCCACCCCCUCUCGUCUCGACAACAGCUUUAGUGCUGCUGAUCUUCAGAUCGCGGAGAGCGGUGAAUAUGAUGAACUUUCCGAAGCCGUUCAAUUGCUGCACCUUGGAGGAAGUGGUGGCGCCGCAGUAGGUGUUCGACAAGCCGGCGAGAUGGGAGAUGAGAACAAUCAGGAUGGCCCGACCAGAGCCCUCUGGAUUGGCAGCAUCCCCGUCUCCACAACUGUAACUUCGCUUGAGGCCAUCUUCGGCAUGUACGGAAAAAUCGAGUCCACCCGCGUGCUGACCCACAAGAACUGUGGCUUCGUCAACUUUGAACGAAUUGAGAGCGCUGUACAGGCCAAGUCGCUUCUGAAUGGCAAGGAGAUCUUCCCUGGUGCGGGACCUGUCCGAAUUGGCUAUGCGAAGGUUCCUGGAGCUUCUGCUACUGGAACUCCGGGUGCCAAUGGCAUCCAGUCAUCUCCAACCCCUGAUCCCAACUUCAAAUCUCAUUUGACAUCCGAUGGGACUGAGCGGACCGAUAGUGUUAGUGUUGUGCCUCAGCUUCCUGCUCUCAUUGACUUGCUCCCGGAGAUGGUCGAGAUUGUUCAAGAAUUCGGAGCCACUGAGGAUGACUCGCGCAACAUCACGGCCACCAUCCAGAGUGCUAUUGAGUUCCAAGCCUUUGAAGAUGAAAUUCCGACGAUUCCCGAGCCUAGCCAGACCCGGAUGUUUGAUGCACCCCGUUUGCGUGACAUUCGCAAACGUAUUGACAACGGUGCCUGCUCGAUCCAAGAGAUUGAGGAGACGGCCGGAGCUAUGCUCCCUGAAAUUGCCGAGCUGUCGUCCGAUUAUCUGGGUAACACGGUCGUCCAGAAGCUAUUCGAGUUCUGUUCCGAGUCUACUAAAGAACAGAUGCUCUCUCACAUUGCACCUCAUUUGGCUGAAAUUGGCGUACACAAGAAUGGAACAUGGGCCGCGCAGAAGAUCAUUGACGUUGCCAAGACUCCAGCUCAGAUGAAUAUGAUUGUUGACGCCCUCCGUCCCUACACAGUGUCGCUUUUCCUUGAUCAAUACGGAAACUAUGUGCUUCAGUGCUGCUUGCGGUUUGGCACGCCCUUCAACGAUUUUAUCUUUGAAACUAUGCUCAGCCGUAUGUGGGAGGUUUCCCAAGGCCGAUUUGGAGCCCGAGCUAUGCGGGCCUGUCUGGAAAGCCACCAUGCCUCGAAGGACCAGCAGCGUGCAUUGGCAGCUGCCAUCGCCUUGCAUAGUGUGCAGCUUGCUACCAAUGCUAACGGAGCAUUACUGCUGACCUGGUUCCUCGAUACCUGUACAUUUCCCCACCGUCGAACGGUCCUCGCUCCCCGUCUCGUGCCUCAUCUCGUCCACCUUUGCACUCACAAGGUUGCCUACCUGACUGUCCUCAAGGUAAUUAACCAGCGCAAUGAGCCCGAGGCUCGGGAUAUCGUCCUGAAGGCCCUCUUCUUCAGCCCUGGCGAUGAAGUUCUUGAAAAGAUCCUUAGCGAUCAAACUUCUGGCGCAACACUGAUCUUCAAAGUUUUGACUACUCCGUUUUUCGACGAGUCCAUGCGAUCGGAAGUUGUGAAGAAUGUGUCCAAAGUGCUCACCAAGCUGAAGGCCUCACCGAGCCAAGGAUACAAGCGCCUGAUGGAUGAAGUCGGCUUGUCUUCCCGUGGCAAUGGACGCGAGCACCACGGUCGUGAGCACGGAGCUAGCCAUGCCUCUACGCCUGAGAAAUCGCAACACCGUCAGUCCUCCCGCCAUGGGAGCUCUAACUUCCCUGCGCAACCAUCCCUGGAGAGACAGUACAGUGGACAGUUUGGUUCCAGCAUGCUUGGCCAGACUGCUGAUCCACGACCCAUCUCUGCUGAUCAGAACAACACUGCGCCGCUCGACGCCUAUUCCAACGGCCUGUCCGGAUUUGGAGCUCCCUUGAAUGGACUCGGCGGUGUCAAUGGUAUCGGGUUUGGCCAAGACACCGGUCUUCCUCUAACCCAGCAACAGCUGCAGUACCAGGCAUACCUUGCUGCUCAGGCCCGGGGUGUAUCUCCCGCCGGUGUGUACCCCGGCAUGGCAGGUGGCAAUUUUGGAUAUCCCGCCGCCUCGCCCUCGGUUGAGAACCUCCGCUCUCUCCAGAACCAACAGGCAUCUACGCUCUCUGCCGCGCCGGGCCAGAUGAAUCCUGGUCCAAUGCUGGGCCAGUCCAACUAUCCCCCGCAACAGUUCAGCCCAGUGGUCAACCCGGCCCAAAUGUACCAAUAUCCUCCGCAGUUCUAUGCCCAGGCACAGCCGGUACAGGGGCAGUCUAGCGGAGGUCGACGUGUACGGCGCUGA